ACCCUGAUUGAACCAUGCUGAACGCGCAUGGCACACUUGCAGUAGGCUACGCAGGUAUGCCGACGUCUGUGUGUUUAGUUUUGGGGAAUGGGUAGCCAAUUGGAAGAACAACUUGACACUUGCUUUUACUCCAUAAUGCUUCAAGUCCGAAUUAAGUCUUGCGUAAAAAUGCCUAGUCUUAAAUGCUAUACCAGAAAUAUUCUUAACUCUCUCUGGCUAUACGCACGACCGACAGGUCCAAGUAAGACUAUAGCCUACUAGUCUGUUGUCUGCCUGUCUCAACACCUGAGUGCGGCUGUCCCUUUGUGUACCGAGCGUGAAGCUGUUGCCAUUGGUAACCUGGAGUGACAGCUGAUCCUUCUCUCCCAUCGAUCAACUGUGAGCUGGCCCAGAUGCAAGCACAAGCAGGUGCGAAGACACUCGAGCGUGACACCUAUGGCUCUCCCCUGGUGACAACUUGUCUGAAGACUUGGCGCGAAUAACCAAGAGCGCACCACUGAGGAAGCAAUAGGCCUACUUGCAGAGAAAAGGGGGUGCUACGAAAGCCCCAACAAUUAUUAACAUAGAAAGUUUGACAGUUCAUUGGUUUAAUUUGUGCGUUAUAUAACAGACUCCCAGCAGAGUCUUAGAGGUAAAAUGAAGCCGCCGCGUGUGGGUGGGUUUGAGACGCUGCGUUAUUAAGGCUGGCUAAAGUUACACAGAGACUUCAACGGUGUCUGUCUGUCGGCCGGGUCCGGACACCUGCCCGCGCUUGAUGGACAAAUAUGAGAAUUUGGGGCUCGUCGGGGAGGGCAGUUAUGGCAUGGUGCUGAAGUGCCGCAACCGGGAGACCGGCAAGAUUGUCGCCGUGAAGAAGUUUUUUGAAAGUGAGGAUGACAAAGGCGUGAGGAAAAUCGCCCUGCGCGAGAUCAAGAUGCUCAAACAACUGCGGCACGAGAACCUGGUCAGCCUUCUGGAGGUGUGUAAGAGGAGGCGGCGCUGGUACCUGGUGUUCGAGUUUGUGGAGCGCAAUCUCCUGGAUGAGCUGGAGCUCCACCCCUCGGGCCUGGAGGAGAGCCGCUGCCGCGCCUACCUCUACCAGAUCCUCAGGGCCCUCAACUACUGCCACCAGCACAAUAUCAUCCAUAGAGACGUUAAGCCGGAGAACGUUCUGGUGACGCCACAGGGCGUACUGAAGCUUUGUGACUUUGGCUUUGCGCGGACGCUGGCUCUACCGGGAGAGCCUUACACUGACUAUGUGGCAACACGCUGGUACAGGGCCCCUGAACUGCUGGUGGGAGACCCCAAAUAUGGCAAGGCUGUGGAUGUCUGGGCUGUGGGCUGUGUGUUUAUGGAGAUGCUAACAGGAGAGCCACUGUUUCCUGGAGACUCUGACAUUGACCAACUCUACCACAUCAUCAGAUGCAUAGGUAGUCUUACACCACGACAUGAGGAGAUGUUCUACCGGAACCCCCUCUUCUCUGGAGUCAGCCUUCCCGAGACCUCACACACCAACACACACACACUCACCGCACACUUCCUAGCACUGCAGCCAUCCGCCGCCAGCCUCACUGAGGAAUGCCUGCAAAUUGAUCCAGACAACAGGCCGUCUUGCGUCGAUCUGCAACAACACGAGUAUUUCACUAAAGAUGGUUUCAUCCUCAGGUUUCAUCAGGUGGUCAGCUCAAAAGAGGACAUGAAGGAGAGCACCCCCUCCCCAAAAGUAGUCAGAGCAACCAAACAGGAAACAGAAGAUAGGAGGGUUCCUAUCCUUAAAGACCCCCCUUCUAAGCCCUCGCCCAAUGCACCAAUUAAAUGCCGAGAAGAGGAGCUGGAGUCCCGUCCCCUCACUAGCCAGGAACUGUCCUGCGGGUCCUUGUCCAGGCCCAUCCCUCCCAUCCCCAACAACCCCCUGACCAGUGGAGUGGGGGCAGCAUCCGGAGCACUCAGGUCCUUCGAUAAAAGUAAGAAGCAUGUAAACAUACUCAACCGCAUCUCCCAGCAAUCUGUAUCCGGACAUCUUGCAGGACAGAUGGCCAGUGAGAGAAGUUUUGUGUGUGAUCGUUCAGUCGGGACCGUGGUGAAGAGAAAAGAGACACACACACAUCGGACCGACAUCCGCCUCCCCGAACUCAAAAACACACUCCUGCCAGAACUCAGAGGAACAGAGGGAAAGCACAAGCCCAAUAAAGAGAAAGAGCAGAAGAAAGAGACAAAGAUCCCCUCCAUAACACCAGUGGACCUGCACUGCAAUUCAAAUCUGUGACUGGUGUGCACGCACACCCACACACAUGCGCACACCCACACACACACGCAAACGCACACACAGUUAUUACUGAAUCAAACAUGUAUCACAAAUACUGUUACUAUUUUAUUGUUAUUACCAUACCCGUAUUGUCAUCACUGCUAGCAUUAACAUUUCACAUAAGAUUGUAUAGAAAUAGUCAUAUAAUUUGACAAGAAGAACACAAUGCAAGGCAUGACACUUUAAACACAGCA